AUGCGUCCUGAGACGUCGCUAUUAAAUCGACCAGGUGAGGGAUUGGCACACGCUCGAGGAUCGGGGCGUGACAUCCCCCUUUUGUGGUAUCAGAUCAAGAAUCAAGCUAUUGCUGCUGCUGCACCUGCCAUCGCAUCUGUUGUUGCACCUACUAAAGUUCAACCUGAGAACAUAGUGGUGCAGAGAGAGAGAUCGAAACAUAAGUUGGUGGAGCAGUUCCUGAAGCUGAGUCCGCCAAGAUUUACGGGUAUUGGAGACCUUGAGGUCGCUUCACUAUGGAUACAGGACCUAGAGAAAGCCUUUGCACUUCUGAUGUGCACUAAGGUUGAGAAGGUAACCCAGGCCGUCUAUCAGUUGCAUGGCAAUGCCAAUGUCUGGUGGAGAGCCACCAAGGACACAAUAUUUCCUGAAGGUGGGAUCCCAGUGUGGGACGCCUUCCUAAGAGCAUUUAACGAUCAGUAUUUUUCGGGUAUGGGCCGAGAACAAAAGAUGGAGGAGUUCCAGUGCCUUCGUCAGGGAUCAAUGUCUGUUGAUCAGUACGGGGUCAAGUUUGCUGAGCUUUCACAGUAUGCUCCAAGGUUAGUUGAGGACCUAGAAGAAAAAGCUCGAAGAUUCAGAAAUGGUCUUCGUUCGGAGUUGAAAUAA